UUUUUUUUUUCCCCCAGCCUUACUGCUGCAGACAGACCGUUAUUCUCAGAGUCCCGGAGCCAGAAGGAAAGAAGUGUGGCUUUAAAAGAGCUCUGAACGGAAGAACAAGAAAGAACAUUUCACCGCGAAACGCUGAAUGAACCGCAUGCGGAUUUUGGAGGCAAAUUUCAGCCACAAUCGUACUGUGAGGAAAAGGCACAGCGGUUUCUUAAGCUGUUCAGAGUGCCACCUUGCACCUGUUUAGAGCAACACACCAGUCACUGAGUGACGACAGCAUGAAGGCAACAGACCUACUCAUCAUCUCCUCCUGUCUGAUCAUAGGCAGUUUGGGGAAGCCACUAUUCCCUGAGCAAGAGAAGGAUCCUAAGUUUUGGAAUGUGUGGGCCCAGCGGACCCUGAAGCACGCGAUGACACUGCAAACUCUCAAUACAAAUAAAGCAAAGAAUCUCAUCCUUUUCCUUGGCGAUGGCAUGGGCGUUCCCACCGUGACAGCUGCACGGAUACUGAAGGGUCAACUUAAUGGACAAAGUGGAGAAGAAACAGAGCUUGAGAUGGACAAGUUCCCUUUUGUGUCAUUAGCCAAGACGUACAACACCAAUGCACAGGUGCCAGACAGUGCUGGCACAGCAACCGCCUACCUCUGUGGGGUCAAAGCCAAUGAGGGAACAGUGGGUGUGAGUGCCGCAGCUGUACGAUCCCAGUGUAACACCACAAAAGGCAAUGAAGUCACCUCCAUCCUCAAAUGGGCCAAGGAUGCAGGUAAAUCCGUGGGAAUUGUGACGACGACACGUGUGAACCACGCCACUCCCAGUGCCGCAUACGCCCACUGCGUGGACAGAGACUGGUACUCUGAUAACGAGAUGCCGGCGGAAGCCCUGGAGGCUGGCUGCAAAGAUAUCGCUCAGCAGCUCUUCGAAAACAUUCCCAACAUUGACGUGAUUCUGGGAGGAGGGAGGAAAUAUAUGUUCCCCAAAAAUAUGUCAGACGUAGAGUACCCAGAUACCGCAAAGCACAGUGGCACCCGGAAAGACGGAAAGAACCUGGUGCAGGAGUGGAUUAAUAAAAUGAAAGAUAAAAAAGGUCAUUACGUAUGGAACAAGAAGCAGCUACUGUCACUGAAUCCUAACAAUGUGGAUUAUCUUUUAGGUCUGUUCGAACCUACGGACCUUCCUUACGACUUGGAGAGGAACACUGAGAUGGAUCCCUCUCUGACAGAGAUGGUGGAAGUGGCCAUCAAGAUACUUAAGAAGAACCCCAGUGGAUUUUACCUGCUUGUGGAAGGGGGACGUAUUGACCACGGGCAUCAUGAGGGCAAGGCCAAACAGGCUCUGCAUGAGACUGUGGAAAUGGACCGAUCCAUCAGGCAGGCGGACCUUAUGACUAGCACCCAGGACACACUAACCAUUGUGACUGCUGAUCAUUCUCAUGUGUUCAGCUUUGGAGGAUAUACACUCAGAGGAAACACGAUUUUUGGUCUUGCACCAAUGUUGAGUGACGUUGACCAGAAACCCUUUACCUCCAUUUUAUAUGGGAAUGGCCCAGGUUUCAAAAUGAUCAAUGGUGCAAGGGAGAAUGUCUCCACUGUUGACUUUCGGGAAAACAACUACCAGGCUCAGGCAGCGGUUCCUCUGAGCAUGGAGACCCACGGAGGAGAGGACGUAGCAGUGUUUGCUAAAGGUCCAUUAGCUCAUCUGCUACACGGAGUCCAUGAACAGAACUACAUCCCCCAUGUAAUGGCAUACGCAGCCUGUAUUGGGCAAAACAGGGAACACUGUAUGUCGGGCAGUGGAACAGCUGCCCUGCGCUCUGCCCCCGCGCUCUCUGCCAUCGCAGCCCUUCUCACAGUCACACCAUUUUUGUGCUGACCCUUUUGAAAACAGCCCUCAUGUACCCUCC